AAAAUGGCCGUAACAUUCGCGUUUAAAUAGUAUAUUCAGUGUUUAUCGCCGAAGAGUCCAUGGAUUUGCCUCCGAGAGGUCCAUCCGUUGUUCAUGGGUUGAAGUCUUCGCGGGUAAGUUAUUGAGAAUAUCUCAACGCAGCGAAAAUGUUUUUAACGUCGAGUUCUGGGCAUUUUAGAUCUGCCUAAGCAUGAAGCCACAUUGUCAAUUACAUGUCUGUGUUUAUUGCAGAAUCCAAACCUCAAAAUUGUUCGAGUAAUAGUCGUUGAAGGAGUUGAUUUGGCUAAGAAGGACAUUUUUGGUUUAAGGUAGAGUAUAGCUGAUCAAUGUUUCAUAGAUGCAGCAAUCUUGAUGUGUAAAACGUUAGAAAUCUGUCGUAGUGUAGUAUUGAAGGUAUUAUCCCAAAGAAUUUCCUUUACUUUUAAGCUUUUUAAGCUUAUCAUUGAGCACGGUUUCAGGUUUUUGCGAGUUCUGCGAUUGAACUUUGACAAGCUUUAAUAUCCUUAUUACCCGUUUUUGUACUAAAAUUUUAUACGUAUAGUCACAGGGUUUGUAGGUUAUAGUCACUUUACUGCGAGUCAAUUUUGAACUUCUAAUUGGUUAAGGUAUUUUCAGUUUUCUACGUAAGUGAUGUUUACGUAGUUGCACAACUGCAAACCUAAAAUUUGCCAUCUGGACUUGUCAAAAGUUCUAGUUGGAACGUAAUAAGUCUCAAUGUUUACUUGCAAUAUUGAUUGGAAAACAUGGAACACGAAAGGCUUCCCAAAAAUUAUUUACUACAUUGAAUAUUUAUUGUCACACAUAUGAUAGUCUCUACCCUAAAAUUUACAUAAUUAUGUCAUAUUGUGGUCCUCAGCAAAAUCCAAAGGUUAUCUCCUGUAUGUUAAAAUAAGCCAUUUUAAUAGUGUUGAUUUAGAAGCAGAGCCUAGCAGCCAUAAUUCUGACAAGAAAACUUUAUAAUACCUCAGUCUGUUUUUUCAGGUUGACCAUCAUGGAAAAGUAUGAAAUCCUAUCCUCUCUGACUUAAGUUCCUUGUAAUAAAAUCUUGAACUCUUCAAUGUGAAGAUCAAUACACUUUUUAGAUACUCAAAAAGAACUGUAGUGGUUGGCUUUCUUUUUCUACAGUGUUUAUGGCCACAUUUUAAUGGGUAUAUUUAAAAUUUUAGUGCAAAUUUUUACAAUGUAUGAAAAUUUAAUAUGUUUGCUUAAUGAUGGUAAUUCAUGACCAUAACCCAAGAAAAAAGAAACAAAAUUUUAAAUUUUAAACCACAAAGACAUUUAAACUAAAAAAUAUUAUGUGGCUGCACACUGUACAGGUUCAGAUUUCCUUUGUUUGUAGAAUCAUAUUGUCUUUGUUUCAUCCUCUUUAGUGAUCCUUACUGUAAAGUAAAACUUUUCAGAGGAGAUCGGGAGUUUGGAGAGAUAGAUAGUGUUGUUACUGAAACUAUUAAAAAGGUAAGGGUAAAGUGUAUUAUUUUGAUUUUGAAUUGUGAUGCUGAGCAAAGAUACAGUACUGUUUUUAAAUUGAUAAUAUUGGACAAGUAUUUGUGAGUUAUCUCAGAGGUUACAACAUUGUGGCUUAGAAAAGGUACAGAAUAACCUAUUAUAGAGGAAUGCGUAAACAUUGUAUGUAAUAAAUAAAUUAAAUGUAAUUUACUUACCAGAAGUUCCAGGUCUUCUUUCGACUUCCUUCAAUUGUCUUACCCUUCCCUUUAUCAACACCCUAUUUUUCUAGUCUGACAUCCUUGGGGUAGGUAUCUUGGUACAGAUCCAUAGUAUGGGGUUUGGACCAUAGUUGAGGUUAUUGGAAGGCAUGGUAUUGAGUUUUUACUUUCUAGGAAUUGCCUUACUCUCUACCAAACAGUAUAAGAUCUCAAAUCUAUGAUCUGAGCACUCUUUUGAUCUUUUUGCUCAGUCUAGUUUUCAAAUGAAGGCUAGAAUACCUCUAGCAUAUACAGAGUGUGUAUUACUACGUGGCUGCAGUCUAAAAUGGCCUUGGGGCUACAGGCAACUACUGUAUAACUGUAACUUUUGCUUUUAUGCAUUUUUUGUAAAGCUGCUUAAAAAACAAAGCUUUUAAGAACUGGGUAUUCCAGGUUUGUGCAGACAGAUUACUCAGGAUUUCAAUGUCCCAUUGAAAUCUCUAAAAGCAUAGCUUUGUACCAUGCUGUUCAUGCUUCUGUACAUAUUGUUGCCAGUUAACAGAGGAUAAUUCUAGGGGUCUAAAAUUUUACCUGAUAGUGAAAAACAAAUUUUCUCACCAGCAGCUGUUUAUGUAAUUGAAACUACUUUCAGUAUUAAUGGGACAUUAUCCUUUUGGUUAAGGUAAACAGUUUAUUUCUUAGUUGUUAUUUCUAGUUUGUAGAAUGAGCUAUUUCAAAUACACUGGACAUGCAAAUAUAGUAAAAUUUGGACCUGAGUGUAUGCACUAUCAAGGUCUUCCUCUUCUUUCAUUUUAGACCUUACACCCUGUCUGGAAUCAGGGAUUUUUCUUUAGGGUAAGAGUUCAGGAUUCUUUUUUAACACUGAUAUGCAUACUUAGAUGCAAUUGUGGCUUUUACAGGUUCAUAGUGAAAAGCAUGUACAUGUAAACAUAAUUGUGAUUUAUAUUAGAAUAACAAAUGAUUUGCAAAUAAUUUAAGAAGGCACAAUCGUGGUUACUUACAUCUAGCCCCAUCUAAGUUCAAACUUGAGAGAAUUCUGAAGAGUCAAACCCUUGACUGUGUCUCAAGUCUGCAAUAACAAAUUUUGCAAAUCACCCUGAUAUUUGAAUGAGGUUUUUUAAAGAUGAUAAAAUCCCUUUAUUGUUUUAACAUGAUACACCAAUUAUUUUAACUCUUUUUCCAAUAAGUAAUCAUUGAUAACACUGGUUAUCAAACUCACUUCUCUUUGUUUUUCAGGUUAACCCUUCAGAUAACAGGCUUUUAUUUGAAGUUUUUGAUGAAAAUAGAGUUGUAAGUAAUUGUUGAAAACAAUUAUUCAGCACUUUAAUGAACUUGUAAAUUCUAUUAUUGAUUUUAAAUAUGUAAUUACCCGUAGCUAGCCCUAAGUGGAUGAUAAAGUUACAAGCUUUAUCCUUAGGAAUGAAAAAAAAAAAACCACCAGUUUAUGGAAAAUGUAUUCUUUAUUGUUCCUAUCUAACAUCAUUUCACCAAAUGAACUCCAAGAUUUUAAAGUGGUUUGGAUGUGUAAUUUUACAUGAGCAAAUACAGUGGGUAAGGACAGAAAACAGAGAAAAUUUAAAGUGUGGUGUAAUUGAAUGAACAACAUUUUCAUUCUUUUGGAUCCUUUGGACUUGAAUUUUUAAGAAGAACUCUUGAAAGGUAGACAUCAUUAGAAAGCAGAGACAAACAGAGAUUGUUUUGUUGUUAAGGUUAUCCUCUUAUGCCAUGUUAACUACUAGAGAGUUAAUACAUUUAAACCCAAAAUACUGUUCUGAAGGAUGGUUUGACAUUUAAUAUAAAUAUAUAUAAAUGUUUUCUCAUUAAGCACAUGCAUUUACUAAAAAGUCAAACCAUAGAAUAAAAUAUACAUGAACAGUGUUGUAAUUAUUUAAACUUAAGGAUGCACUGUGGGCAGCUACGCUAUAUACAUGUACUUACAAUCAGUUGCAAAUUGAGGUAAAUAAAUGCUGCACUUUUGGUUUUCAUGAGUCAAUGUUUGUGGUUUGUUUUAGACAAGAGAUGACUUUCUUGGAGAGGUUGAAUUACCCUUGGGUACAUUGCCAGUAAGUGCAUUGCAGCAGUUGAUAAUAGUUUAAGCUCUUUUCUGUAACAAAAAUCAGGUAAUGGUAAUUAAUUGUAUUAAUUCUGGCUUUGUUUCCAUCAAAUUGAGCAUACCUCUGAAGACUGAGGAAAAAAAAUUGAAAAUGGAGAAGAAGAGGAGGGUCUGGAAGCAGGGUGAACCAGGCCUUACUAGAAUCCAAUCUACCUUGUACAUGUACAUACAUGUUUUGAACAUGCAUGUAGUACAGUGCCUAUUUUCCUUUCCUCACCCCCCCCCCCUCUAAUCUCUGAUUGGUUUUUUAUGGAGUGGAUGUGAAUGUUCCCUCAAACCUGGUGACAUGUACAUGUACUCAAUAUCAUCCAUAAACCAAAAGCAUUUCUUGUGUUUUAGACUGAGGGUUCAAAUGUGGAAAUCAGACCAGGAUUUUACAACUUAAGACCCAGAAGGUAGGUGCUUCUUUGUUCAAAAUGACAAAAAUGUGACUCUCUUCCACAGUUUUGCCAGUACUAAAAAUAAUGUACACAUUGACUUGAAUAAAAUUUGCCAAGAAAAAGAGAGAGAAAAUGUUGCUGGCUAAUGUCUUUGUUUAAGCUUUGAAGUGUGUCAGGUGUAAAUGUGUUAUCAGGAAAGAAAAUUAAGGAAACUUUGUGAUUGUCAUAUUUAAUGAUUUAUUGGAGACUAACUUUAUUGAUGUUUUGGUAUCCCUUUCACCAGUAAUAAAUCAAGAGUUAAAGGCCAUUUGCAGCUAUUGAUAUCAUACCUUCCAUCAGAGGACCAGUCAUCUUCUCAUUCAACAACUCCCGGUAAGGCCAUUUUGUUACUUUAGAUGAAUGCUUUUAGGUUUUUUUGUUUUUUUUUGGCCCUUGAGGCACGUAUUAACAAACUGAACUAAAGUUAUAGUUAUCAUUAUUUUACAGCAUCAAACAUCAAUGCAGAUUCUAAUCUCAGAGUUGUUGAUGAUCAUUACCAAACUCCUAUAUCAAAUGUCACCAAUUUAGUACCCCCGACUACCACUAUCCAGGUUGAUCAACCUGUGCCUAGUGCACCACCACCACCAGCUGGUAUGGUAGCAUUGUCAUCAUCACCACAGCGAGUCCAGGUUGGUCAUGUUGUGGUUUUGUGGGUUAUAAACAGCACCAGGAAAAUGUCAAUUUGCAGUCCUUCAAAACACAGAAUUUCUGAGGAUAGCACUUGAUGUUUUGAGAUGUUUGAGGCCUACCAAUAAAUUUCAUGACUUUUCAAAAGCUCACAUAAAUUAGUUUCAAUGCAACUACUUUUUCGUAGUAAUGUUAUUUUUUAUCUUCAUUUAUGGCUUUGAAUGUAUUCACAGUGCUCCUUUGAAGUUGCAUCCACAACAUUGUAUGCAAAAAGCAAAAUUAUAAAAAGUUGCAUAUAGCCUACAAGUAUGCUUUCUGUUUGCACCUUUUGAAGUGUUUUUAGUGUAAUUUUGGGGUUUAAAUGUAGAUAAUUGAAGAAGCUUUUUUAAAAUUUGUUUUAUUAUUUUGGAAAGAUUUUUCUGGAAUUAAUUUUUUCAGAUGCUUGAGAAAAUCUAUGUCCUCCAGACAAUGUACUAAUGCAUCACUAUAAGGUAUUGAAAACCCAUGACUAUGUCUGAAAUUAUUUUCUAAUUUCUGGGCUUUACUGUGAAGUCUCUUCCAGAUGUAGAGGAAACUCAAACUUCAAGACAAGAGGAGCCUUCCCUUCCUGAAGGUUGGGAAGAGAGACAGGUUAGUGAUGUUCAAUCAUCAUAGUUAAAAAAGGUUAUAAAACAAAAAGAAAUCAAUGAAACUUAAAAAAAAAUUCAAUUCAUAAUUUUUUUUUUUUUGUUUUGCAUAUUUUCAAGGAUGCUAUUGGUAGAACAUUUUACAUAGAUCAUGCAACCAGGACAACAUCUUGGAGACGCCCCAACAGGAGUAGGUUAGUUCUUAGUAUCAGUCUCCAUUCAUUUGCAUAAACUGUAUGUACAUUAAAAUGGUGUACAUGUAGCAGAUAUGACUGCAUUUUAAGAAGAAGGAAGUAAUCAUUGUUUAAUCAAUUAAUUUGUAAAGAUGUGAAAGGUCAAUUUCUCUUUAACCAUGAGGAGACUGACUAUAACAAGACUACACUCUAUUUCAUGUUCUAAUCCUACUAAAAUAUAUGGUUUCCAAGCUUGGCCUUAUCUUGAUGUACCAAGCCCAGCAAUUUCCAUCUUUUACCCAAAGACAAGGUCUCUUGUGUAAGCACAAUUGCUUUUGAAAACGAAUGUUGUGAAAAUUUAUUCUUAUGUGGAUUUUUUUUAAGAUGUGUUUCUUCCUUCUUGCCUUAUGUUCUUUUUGUUCCUUUCAUAACUUUGUUUCUUGUAGUGUACUGUUAUGUAGCAUAACUUUACAUACUAUAACCAUGUUUCCUUUCAAGAAUGAAAAAUUAACAUCCAUGGACACGUAGAUGAUUGAGAACCUAGUAAUAAAAGCAGAAAAAGGAAACUGCAGUUUGCAAGAGGAAUUUCUUCAAUCAUACAUGUACUGUUGAAAAAUUAUCUUUUAUAGUGGAUCAAGACAUCAAGAGGAGGUUCAGCAAAACGAUGAAAGGCGAGAAAGAAACUUCAGAAUACGACGACAUCUGAGUGUUGACGGUUCUGAACAGACUUCUAAUAACUCGACUGGUGCCAGCCUGGUUUGUUGUAAUUUAUUUAAUAUUAUCACCUAUUUUUAACGUUUAGAUGUACAGUAAUUUCCUUCAUUAAGGCUCAUGAUUAUAAUUAUCAUUCAUGUGGAGCAUGGAGAAAUAAAAAUGAGUUAAACGAAGAUAAAAAUGGUUUCGACAAUUCUAAGCUACUGUGUAAAUAUUGACAAGACUGUAAUUUAUAUCUAUUUUGAACAUUGCAUGAUUUGUAGGAGAGUCCCCCAGAAGAGUUAUUACCUCCUGGCUGGGCAAUGCAAACGGCUCCAAAUGGCAGAAUUUUCUUCAUUGAUCACAAUACCAGAAAAACAACAUGGGUGAGUGUACUAAACAUGAUAUAUACAUGUAUUUCCUUUGCCGGACGUGAGGUCAGUAUGUAACCAAGGGUACAGUUUUUUUCCCAUAUGUACCAAUCCAGACUGGUAAAUAAGUUUUUUUUUUUUUUGCUUGUUUUUUUUUUACUUUGCCGCAAAUGGCGCGGAAAAAAUCCGGACCGUACAGUAGUCCGUUUUAUUAAAAGCUAGACCGGUUUCGAGUGCGCUAUUAGCAAUCAAAUUCGAAGAAAUUCAAAGACCUGUAUAAUACUAGAGUAGCAUUACUGCUGCUUAAUUGAAUGUUUUUGUCUUAGCGUGAUCCUCGACUACAUCACCAUACCAGUGGAGGACCGUCCAUGUCACCAGAAAUUGGACGAUCAGCAACCCUUAGCCGAGAUCUUGGACCCUUACCAGUAAGAAAAAUUCUCGUUUUCCCGCGUCUUGGAUAGUUUGCCUGUUUUUAAUUUUAGCCAUUGUUGGCUCCUUGUGGUAUUUUUCUUUAUUGUGACAGGCCGUUCUGAUAACUUUGGCUUUGGUUUUUACAAUACUCAAUCGAAAAGCGUUCUAACAAUUUUAUCUGCUAUUCUUUCAUAGGAUGGCUGGGAGGAAAGAGUUCACCAAGAUGGCAGAGUCUUUUAUAUUGAUCAUAGUGAGUAGCCAUCGUUCUAUUUCCACACAUGACGCUUUCAACAUCGCUGAUUAUAGCAGUAUGCCGUAUGCUUGUCCAUGAACCUAGUAUGGGCAAAUUAUCACCACAUGCGCUUAAUACUAACAGUUUGCAUAAUAAGUAAAUUGUCAUGUGUUUGAUAUCAACAGUUGGUUUACUAUAUAAGUAAAUCGUUGCAUGUGUUUGAUUUUCUGUAAAAAUUGUUUUUAGAUACAAAAUCUACUCAGUGGGAAGAUCCUCGAGUUCAGAUUAACAGCAAACCAGCCCAGGUGAGACUGAAGCUUAUUUAACUAUUCUAUUUAACAAUUUUCGGCUGAUGAUGCUAUGCUGUUUUACUUCUUUUCGGUACUAUCAACUAAAACUGAGGAAUCCAGAGGUUAACUUCCCCCUAUCAUCCGGUUAAAAAUUUUGACCCGCAUGAACAUAUAUACUAUUAGAGCGAUUACUCGAUGAGGUUAAGGAUGUUAGGGAGUGUAAUCAUGGCCGAGGUUUGUGUUAUCCGCCAAAGUCAAAGGCUGAAGUAGAACCAGGGCCGUAAUAGUUCCUGCUAUGUUGCGGAUACCAAUUUUUCAGUAUAAUUUAUAAAUGCUUGAAACCUAGUGUCUGAAUAUUUGUCGAGACGGAAACCGUGCCAGUUACAAGAAGGUGGGACCUUAUAAGUGGCUCAUUGGAAUUGAAUCAGUGACACACAUAAUAACUGACAAUAAGUAGAACCUUAAAAUAAUUAGAAAGUUGUAUUUCCUGUUUCCCCAGGCUGUGCCUUACUCUCGAGAUUUCAAGAGAAAGUGCGAUUACUUCAGAUCCAAGUUGAAGAGACCGGUAAGAAUCAAAGAAGACAUGCCUAUGGUUAAUGGCUCGCCUUCUCUUAAUGCAAGGGAGAAAGUUUAAACUUACGUAAUAUUUCAUUACACGGCAAAUUUUCAUGCAAUCGCAAUGACUUUGUCAUAGAGAAAUGCAAGAAGGACAAAUAAAGCAACAAAAAAUGGUCUGGAUAGUUCCAAGCCAUGCUCAUAAAAUUGAUUUAAGCUUAUUCAGAUUAGUUAACGAAGGUUUCCUUUUCCAUUUAUCACUUAUGAUUAUAAUUAUUUUUGUUAAUCAACGGUCUUCGUGAACAGUGCCAAUCCACUUUCAACAACAAUACCCUAAGUUGCACUAGAAGCUCAUGCUGUUACUUUUUAUUACUCUUAAUGAAGUCAUGGUGACCUUCAGGGGACACUGAAAUUCAUUUUAUUCUUCGUCUUAAUUGUUUUCAGGUUAACGUUCCUAAUAAAUAUGAAAUUCAUGUGAGAAGAAACAAUCUUCUGUUAGAUUCAUAUCGAGGUGUCUUUGUUACUGUCACAAACACUGAGCUACUCAAGACGAGGCUCUGGAUUGUUUUUGAUUCGGAAACUGGACUUGAUUAUGGAGGGCUUCAAAGGUAAAGUAUCCUAUCAGGAACAUUUUGUUGUCAUGGCAGAUUUUCAUUCCCUCAGUAUGAAGCUGUCUUUCUAAAGCAUCGUUUGUCGUCAUCAGCGGAAUUUGUUGUACUGUUUUAAGGAUACCGACUAGACCUGGGGUGUUGACGAUAUAUUUUCAGAUGAGCACAUGUUAACUAUGUAUGACAGAAAUUGAAAGGAUUAAGAGGAACAUAACGUUUCCAUUUACAAGUUCAUUGGGCCAAAUUCUCCUAAGGAAAGGAAUCCUGAUACAUUGCUUACCGAGGACUUCUCGUUCUCUCGAACAGGGAGUGGUUUUACUUGCUAUCCAAGGAAGUGUUCAAUCCAUAUUAUGGUCUGUUUGAGUAUUCAGCAAGGUGAGUGGAAUAAUCUACGUAUUAGAUUCCAUUUUGCUGCUUGUUCAUUCAGUUGUAGUUUGAUGACUUAUCAGUUAUAAAUUUGCUAAGGAAAAAGUGGCGCAAGAGCGUUUCAUGGCUCACGGUCGUUGGCCAAACCGACAGAAAAAUAAGUGAAAGGUGUUUUCUUUCAUAUUGUAGAGGGAUAACCGAUUUUUGACUCUUUAUUUUUUCUGUUAUUUACUUUCUAGUGAUAACUACACGUUGCAAAUAAACCCAAACUCUGGUUUGUGCAACGAGGAACAUCUGUCUUAUUUCAAGUUUAUUGGCCGUUUAGCUGGAAUGGCCGUGUACCAUGGAAAACUACUUGAUGGUAAAACUGGUGUUUUGAGUUUCUUGACUAAGCGCAAAGGCUGUCUGCAGCUGGGGAGGGCUAUUGCUGCCUUUGCAUUGACUCUCUCAUCUGUUUUUCAUAGCCUUUUUUUCUUUUACUUAUUUAAAUGGAUGUACAGCUGUAAAGUACAAUUUUUUUCUUUUUUUCUUUUUUCUGCAGCCUUUUUUAUUCGUCCAUUUUACAAAAUGAUGUUGGGUAAACCCAUCACUCUUGUUGACAUGGAAAGUGUGGUAAGCCGUGUUUCCGCAAUAUGUCAGAAAAGUUCUGUUGUUUUGGGUUAAAAUUGUUCCAAUACGAACGGGUAGUAUCUCUUUUAAAAGUUUAAAAACGUCUGGAAGCCGACAAAUGAACUUAAAACUUGAUAGACAAUGGGAGAUCGAUAUUUGCUCCUCGCUGAGGUCUUUUUCUCUUGUCUUUAAUUGGUGCUCUGAAUCCCCUUUAUGAGAGAGAAUUCACUCCCAAUUGACACAUCCUAAAUUGCCACGUUUCUUAUCGCUUUAACUUAAAGAACACUCACCAAGCAAAACGUGGAGAACGAAUAAUGCCUCAGGCACGGUCCCUAUGUGUCAAUCAGUGGUUAGGACCAGCGCAAAAAGACAUGGCAAAGAAUUUACAUGGAAUUAAUUUAUUGCGUAUUGUAAUCGAAUUGGUCAGUCUUAUUUAAGUUAGCUUGGGCCGAGCAGUUGUCGCGCUGCUAUCAUCAUUGGCCAUUCUGUGUAGCGUUUCAUUGUCAAAGCCUUGGUGUUGCAUUACUGACCUGUUUAUAAUUUUUUCCAAGGAUUCGGAAUACUAUAAUAGCCUGAACUGGAUCUUGGAAAAUGACCCAGAAGAUUUAGACUUGACUUUUAGUGUGGAUGAAGAGUUGUUUGGUCAGGUAGGAAGAAGCACAACGGUCUUUGUUUUAAUUAGUUAUGCAAAAAAAAAUAUAUAUUUAUAUAUCCUCUCGGCCCUCGAUUUACUCAAGGGUUUAAAGACUAGUGGAUCGAAUUGAGUGGAGUUAGAGAGGGUGUGCUUAAUCUGGAAAAAGACUUUUGUCCCUUCCAAACCAGUACCUCUGCUCGUUUCAUAUAACCAAAUCCGGACAUUGGUCUGGUCACAUCCAGACAAACCUUUCUGGUUAUACCAUUAGCUGUACGUGUGUGAAUUAUUCUUCUUGAUGCAACGGUUGCAAAUUAUAUUUGUCUUUACACUUCUAGGUAACGGUAAAAGAUCUUAAGCCCGGUGGAUCAGACAUUAAAGUCACCAAUGCAAACAAAAGAGAAUACAUCAAGUAAGUUUGACUUAAGAACUACAAGAACCUACGAACCGUAUCUCAUUUCUGGCACUUCCAUUACAUUUCUUGCCAACUUUACGAAGCUUAGCAAAGUUUAUUGCGGGCCUUAUUAUUUUUUUCUUUCUUUAUUGAACCAUCGUCUAAAUUAUGAUUUCAAAAAACCCAUCAAGUUAUGAAAGUAGCAGAAGCGUGAUCAUCAACUAUGUCAGUUAUUCGUGCGAGUGUGUGAAUGUCCCGGACGACAAUAUCAAAGUCUCUGCUUUUGUUUUGGCUUAUUUUGUUUGUCUGUUUGUUUGUUGACUUGUGUACUUCUUGCAUUUGCUACGUCAUUUCAGAAAGAAAAUAAUUUUUUGCGAAGUUAUUUUUUGUUCUUAUUUUCCUUUCCACAGUCUUGUCAUUAAAUGGAGAUUCGUAAGCCGCGUCGAGGAUCAGAUGAGAAAGUUCAUGGAGGUAAAAAUCUAUGAAAUAAGCAUUAAUUUGGAUUUCACAUAGUAAUUAUAUGUUAAGUAGGGCAAUUUUUUUCUUUCCUUGGUGGUUGCUAUUGUUUAAUGUAACAGUCUCUUUAAAGAUUUCGAUUUGGAACUUAUUUUUUUCUUCUUUUAGGGAUUUGGAGAGCUUAUACCUCACAACUUGAUUCAAAUAUUUGACGAAAGAGAAUUAGAGGUGGAUACACUUUUUUUCGUUUGUAAUUGUGUAGUACGUACGCACCCAGAAGGAGAUAGAGAUGUAAUUAAGAGCACUUUCCAGCAAAACCCUAUUUGAAGUUGAGUAGCUCUCAGUCGUCUCAUGAGGCGGAGUAGAGAAGAGCUAGGUUUGAGGUGAAUUCUUUAAGUAUCGUGUGCAAGGGUGGGUGGGAAACUUAUUUUUUUGGGUAUUCCUCCAGUGCCAGUUUCUUUGAAUUUGUUUCUUCAUUCGCUUAAAUGAAAGAAACGAAACAAACUGCUGAUUCUAGCUCAUGAUGUUCUCCAUUUAGCUCCUUAUGUGCGGCUUGGGUGAGAUCGACAUCAAUGACUGGCGGAGGAACACGAAUUACCGCGGAGAAUAUAGUGAUAAACACAGCGUAAUCGUGUGGUUUUGGAAGGUAUGUACAUUCAUCAGCAUUCGUUUAUAUACAACAAAACACUGUUUAUUGUGUAUCAUCUUGUACGAAUUACGAUCACCGUCGUAUGUGUUGCAGUCGUUUAAAACGUUUUGGUGCUCUCUAUAAAAUAGAUUACCAGAUAGAGGGUUAACUUUUUGUGAUACCCUUGGCGCAUUAAUAGUGGCUUUAUUUUGUUAAGUUGACUUGUAUAUAGCGUCUACUACGAGUGACCAGAUUUGACUUAAACGUUGGAAGUCUCAAUACGGAAAAAAAAUACGUCAGCGACAUUGUAGUUGCCUUGCUUUUAACAAACUCUGCGAAGUGAUAUGGACAGUCAAAUAAACAUUUUAAUAGCCGCGAUAUUGUCGCUAGUAGGGGAAAAAAUGUAAUGUUAAUUUUUAUUUUUAAUUUCUUCCUUCUUUUGGUGUAGUAAACCUUUGUUGUUUGCAAAUACCCGAAUGUGAUAUUCGUGUAAAUCUUGUAUUGAUAUUACAUUACUUCCCGUCAGGCUGUGGCGUCUUUUGACCUGGAGACUCGCGCAAGACUCCUGCAGUUUGUCACAGGAACAUCACGUGUCCCCAUGAACGGGUUUACCGAGCUAUAUGGCAGCAAUGGGCCGCAGAAAUUCACUAUUGAACCUUGGGGUACCCCUCAUUCCCUCCCAAGGGCCCAUACUUGGUAAGUUUAUCACUUUCUUCUUGCGGAGACAGCUAAUGAACGUACUACCGUAUUCGGUCAAGUUAUCCGGAAGCAUUUUCCCACUUCAUUGGAUUAGGCAAAUUUGGGAAGGGAUAUUUUCUUGUGUGAGACACGGUCUAGUUGUUGGGGCGAUUUAAACCGGAUAGGGAAAUCUUGGGUCACAUCUUAGAGUCUGUCUGUCUGUCUCUCUGUCGAGAACUGACUCUGACGGUAGCUUUCCGCUCAGUUUGUCAACUGACAAUAUUCCUUCUCAGGCUCCCCCCUCCUGGACGAUCUUAUUACACAAUCGGUGUUACUAUUUUUGCAGUUUCGAUACGAGUUUACUCUAGAUGAUUAGCUGUGGUUUUUGUGAAACAGAAAAACAUUCUCAUCAGUCCCAAGUUAGUUUCUCAUCAUUCCCUUACCUCUCUCAGUUUUAACAGGCUGGACCUCCCUCGCUACAGAACUUACUACGAACUUCGGGAGAAAUUGCGAUUGGCCAUUGAGAAUACACAAGGAUUUGAAGGCGUGGAUUAACACAGAAUUUUUGCCUUGAACUCGAGAUACUAUUUCUAUUAAUCAAAUGGAAGUAAAGGAAGUCCCUCUUGCGACUAGAACUUCUUAAUCUUCUUUUUCUUAUUUCCUUAGUGAAUGAACUUUUGAGAAAAAGUUGUUAGAUUCUAGCCUGUGAAUCACUUCAGGUUUUAUCUUACAUUAAUUCGGUGUAGUUGUUACUGUAAUAGUGUUUGUCCAAAUUGCUGCCAUAAACAAAAACUUGACCUAUGUAGAAAACACGUAGUGGUUGAGGGGAGGUCAGUUGUUCCAUGGGUAUAGUUACCCAACAGUGUGCGAAUAUAACAUAAUAAUCGAAAGUAUUUAUUUACCAUUAGCUGGCUAAAUGUGGUGGGUAUUGAGCGCGAGAAAGUAGAGUUGAAACGUUUCGUAUUCAGUUUAUGGUGAAAAAAAAAAAGAACUCAGGGAAACAAAAUUACUCAAGUAAGCAAAGAACUUCUGAAAGUUGAACCUUAUUGUGUGAUAAAUCUUUAAAAGCUACCUUAAUUUUUUCAUUUGUUUGUCUAUCAAAGUGAGAUAGUAAUGAAACACAAAGAGGAUAUAAUUUAAAACCAAAUAGGGACAAGGAUGUGCAGUAUGGUAAAGAUUAAAACGGAUUGCUGAUUACGAACUUGAAAAAUGUAGGUUUAUAAAAUUUUUAUAAAAUACAUAAACCGUGAAGGUAAGCGAUAGGGGUAUUUUUCUCAGACAGUUGAAAACUGUUAUGUUUUACAGUGAUAGGAAAAUAGUUGUAUUGUAGUAAUUCAACUAUAAGGAACUCUCAUAUAAGUAGCUUUAGAUGUUCUCCAAUCGCUUAUUACAAAGUUUUCUAAAGAUUGAAUUUUACAGUUUAUCUAAUUUCUUUCCUGUUUCAUUUUUCUCUUUUUGAAAUUCCUUCGAUUUGAAGCUAUUUUUGAAAACGGAUUUAAAAGGCGUGACUUAGACUGUCGACGUAGCAUCGCUUCUUUAUGGAGCAGCCCCAAAAGCUACGGCAUCUGUCAAACCCUGAUGGGGCUUUGCACGAAAGUGUAAUGAUUUCAAUGGCGUUUCGUGAUUCUUUUUUAGAAUGGUCAAACACCUCCCUGCCAACGUAAACUGACUUGUUAACGGAAAACAAGAAGUCACUGGAUACGUUACGAUUCUUGAUAUCUUGAAAUGUCUUGUAGGCUGAAAAUAUUAUUUUAACCUUUUAGUCCCUUGAGUGAUCAUGUAACUCCUCUUCAAAAUACUAGCACUUAGCCAUGAGUAAAGAUCACGCAAAUCAAGGGACAGAUGAGUAAAAAGAAAUAGCGCUGAUCUUGACAAAUUGUCACCAUUUGUCACGUGAACACGUAUGUAGAUUACUGAGGAGAAUUUCUGUGUUGACCACGGGGCUUAGAGAUUGAGGUUAAAGAAGAGAAAGGGUGCCCAAUUAGGAAUAAAAAGAAAGAAUUAAAAUAGUCGACCCUCGAACGUCCCGCUCACCCGUAGAAAUUUGAUUCCCUUGAUUCCUUCCCAGCCAUUACCUCAUGAUCAGCGUGACGAUUCUAAACAAACGAUACUUUGCUCAGUGUUGUUCAGGCUUCUGGCGUCAUGGGAAAAAAUAGAUUAAUUCAUCAUUCAUUUAACGCUUAAGAUUAAAGUCAAGUAUAAUAUGAGUUACCUUGAACUCUUCCUUCCUCUUGCAGACUGAUAUCAGUAACCAGUUAUCGGGAAACUCUGUCACGCUGUCGGUUUUCCCACCUUUCUGGGUUGUUGCAAGCAGGUUAAAAGCCUCGCGGAAAAGUUAUAGUUUACGGCUUAGUUGUCAGGGAACAAAAGAACAACACAAAUACCAAUUGUUGCAUUGCUGGU